AUGGCCCUGGCGGCACCGCCUGACGGAUCAGAAGAUGAAUUUAAACGUGAAACAUGGACUAAUAAAUUGGAUUUUUUAUUAGCUUGUAUUGGAUUUAGUGUUGGUUUAGGAAAUGUUUGGAGAUUUCCCUAUCUGUGUUACAAAAAUGGUGGAGGUGCCUUUCUUUUGCCUUAUUUUAUCUGUGUAUUUAUUGGUGGAAUUCCUCUCUUCUAUUUGGAAGUAGCAGUUGGUCAGUUUAUGGGAAGAGGUGGUCUCAAAUCAUGGAAUAUAGUGCCUUUGUUUCAAGGCAUUGGUAUUGCUUGCUGUAUCAUAGUCUUCUUGCUCAAUUGUUAUUACAAUGUCAUCUUAUGUUGGGCUUUCUACUACAUGUUUAACUCAUUCCAAGCUGAAUUACCCUGGUCUUAUUGUGGACAUGAAUGGAAUACAAUCUGGUGUAAUGAUGAUUUCAAAUCCAAUGUAACUGUGAACGAUACAGCAGCUAAAUAUAAUUUGACCAUUUAUGAAAAUAGUACAUAUAAAUUUUCUGAUCCUGUCACAGAAUUCUGGGAAUAUAAAACUCUGGCUAUCUCGGAUGGUAUUGAUGAUGUUGGAGUUAUUAAGUGGGAUUUAGCUCUGUGUUUAUUAUUUGCAUGGAUUGUGGUAUAUGCCUGUAUUUGUAAAGGAAUUAAAUCUUCAGGAAAGGUUAUGUAUGUAACAGCUACCUCACCCUAUAUUUUUAUGUUGAUUUUAUUGAUCAGAAAUUCUCUAUUGGAUGGUGCCUAUGAUGGUGUAUUAUUUUAUCUUACUCCUAAAAUUGACAGAUUAGCAGAUUCUCAGGUAUGGGUUGAUGCUGGAACACAGAUUUUCUUUUCCUAUUCUAUUAGUUUAGGAACAUUAACUGCUUUAGGAAGUUAUAACAAGUUCAAUCAUAAUUCAUACAGGGAUGCUAUAUUAUUUGCCUUAGCGAACAGUGGAACCAGUUUCUUUGCUGGCUUUAUAGUGUUCACAAUUUUAGGUUAUAUGGCUUCAGUACAGGGUGUCAGUAUCGCCGAAGUGGCCGAAUCAGGACCUGGUUUAGCUUUUAUUGCUUACCCUAAAGCUGUAGCUCAAAUGCCGAUAUCUCCAUUGUGGUCUAUAUUAUUCUUUUUGAUGGUUAUUUUAUUGGGUUUGGACAGUCAGUUUGUUGGUGUUGAAGGUGUAGUUACAGCUGUAGUUGAUCAGUAUCCAGCAUUACUAAGAGUUGGAUACAGAAAGGAAUUAUUCAUUCUAGGAGUGUGUAUACUCAAUUUCUUUAUAGGUUUAUCUAUGGUGACAAAUGGCGGAAUGUACGUGUUUCAAUUGUUUGACUAUUAUUCUGGCAGUAGAAUUAUUUUAUUGGUGGCUUUCUUUGAAUUGAUAUCCGUAGCCUGGAUCUAUGGUGUAAAUAGAUUCUAUGAUAAUAUAGAAAUGAUGAUAGGAAAGAAAAUCUGGCCUUACAUGAAAGUUUGUUGGGUGGUCUUCGCUCCAUUAUUUUGCAUUGUCAUUUUCAUUUUAAGUGCCAUCAACUAUUCCGAACUGACGUAUGACCGACCAAGAGGAACCUAUGUAUACCCUGAUUGGGCUGUAGGAAUAGGUUGGGCCAUGGCAUGUGUCUCCGUUAUUUUCAUUCCGCUCAAGGCCCUUCACGUCUUCAUAAAAUAUGGUUUCACAAAAGAGGUAAGCAACUUCUUAAAUACAUUACCAGUUUUAUCGAUAGGAUGA